AUGAAGACAAGCCUUUUGAAGCUGAAUGAUCCAUCCCUCCUCCAUGAAGCCUCGUUGCUUCACGGUGAAUGGGUACAGGCUGGAUCUGGCAAAACGUUCGAUGUCGAAGAUCCUGGCUCCAACCGCAUCUUUGCCUCCUGCCCGAACAACGAAGUCACCGACGUCGACCAAUACGUCGAGUCUUCCCAAAAAGCUUUCGAAGACUAUCGCCAUGUCAACCCGCGAGUCCGAGCUAAAAUCCUGCUCAAAUGGCACGAGCUGAUCACCAACGCCCGCGAAGAUAUCGCCCAGAUUAUGGUCUACGAGACCGGCAAGCCGAUGACCGAAGCAUUGGGGGAGGUCGACUACGCGCUGGGCUUCGCCUGGUGGUUCGCCGGCGAGGCCGAGCGGAUUCGAGGCUCGGUGGCCCAGCCCUCUAUCUCAGAGCGUCGCACAUUCGUGAUCAAGCAGCCGAUCGGUGUAAGCGUCGCGCUGGUUCCCUGGAACUUCCCGGUCGCCAUGAUUAUUCGCAAGGUCGCUGCUGCGCUGGCGGCCGGAUGCUCGAUGAUCGUUAAGCCGUCGCCGGAAACACCGCUGAGCGUCAACGCGUUGGCCGAUCUGGCCAUCCGUGCUGGCUUGCCGGCUGGUGUUCUGAAUGUCAUUUCGACGGAUAACGAGAACACCCCUGCCGUGAGCGAGCGACUCUGCAAGCAUCCUCUGGUUCGCAAGGUCACCUUUACCGGCAGCACGCGGGUGGGCAGUAUUGUUGCAAGACACUGCAGCGAAGGCUUGAAGAAGGUGACUAUGGAGCUGGGCGGCAACUGUCCGUUUAUCGUCUUCGACGACGGCAAUCUCGAGCAGGCUGUUGCGGCACUGAUGAUUCUGAAGUGGCGUACGGCCGGUCAGGCCUGUACACAUGCCAACCGGGUCUACGUGCAAAGCGGCGUCUAUGACCAGUUCGCCCGUAUGAUUGUGGAAGCAACCUCGAAGAUCCGCGUGGGCCACGGCGCGGAGACUUCAACCACCAUGGGACCGCUCACCACCAGCCGGGGCAUUGAGAAGCUCGAGAGACACGUUGAGGACGCAAUCAAGCGCGGAGGAAAGAUUCUGUGCGGUGGCAAGAGGCCCGCGAAUCUACCCGGUUACUUCUUUGAGCCCACGAUUAUCUCGGACAUGACCCCCAAGAUGCUAACGACACAGGAGGAGAUCUUUGGCCCUCUUCUGGGUCUGUAUAGAUUUGAAACAGAACAGGAAGUGGUGAAGUUGGCUAAUGACACCUCUAUGGGCCUGGCUUCCUAUUUCUUUACCAGGGAUGUCAACCGCACCUGGCGCAUGCUCGAGAAUCUGGAGGCUGGCAUGGUUGGCAUGAAUACCGGUAACUCGUCCUGCGCCGAGUCGCCGUUUGGCGGUCUCAAGCAGUCGGGCUACGGCAAAGAAGCCGGCAAGGAUGUUGCCAUCGAGGAAUAUCUGAUCUCCAAGACCGGAACACUGACUGUCGAGCCUGCCUGA